UUUCUCCCAACAGUUCAUGUGUAACACAAGAGGCAGAAAGCUGCAAUUCUUAGGACAUCCCGCUGCACAAAGAGACAAACAACAACAACAACAACAACAACAACAACUUUUCAACCUACAGCCUAAAGAACAACAACAAAAAAUUCGCCCGGAAAAGCCGCGAGCUGUAAUAACGCAUUAACAGAGGAAAGUCAGCGGUGUAUUUGUGUUUAUUCGUCGACGGAAGUGGGAGACGUAUUGACACUCGCACAUACAGAACCGGUACAUAUUAUUUCUUGCAUGGAGCCUGUCCAAUCAGAGAUGAGUGUCCUGGUUAACGGGAAAGGUCAUGACCUUGGCGAUGAUAUGAAUGUGCAGAUGAAGACAGUAAUAGAGGAAGACCCAAAUGGCACUCAAAACAGAUUUGAUGAUGCGGAUGGAAACCUGGCUGAAAAUGUGGAGUUUCUGCCUGGCGGUGAUGGCAAAAAGCAACGCUUCACUGAUUUUGAAGGGAAGACCUCUUUUGGCAUGUCUGUCUUCAAUCUCGGCAAUGCCAUUAUGGGCAGUGGGAUUCUGGGUUUGGCAUACGCCAUGUCCAACACUGGCGUCAUCCUCUUUUUGUCCCUCCUCACAGCAGUUGCAGUUCUUUCAUCCUACUCCAUUCACCUUUUGCUAAAAGCCUCCGGUGUUGUGGGAAUCAGAGCCUAUGAGCAGCUGGGUUUCCGUGCUUUUGGGACACCUGGCAAAAUGGCAGCUGGAAUUGCUAUAACACUGCAGAACAUCGGAGCUAUGUCCAGCUACCUGUUCAUUGUAAAGUCCGAGUUUCCUCUGGUCAUUCAGGCGUUCUUGAGGGCAGAUGGCAACUCCGGAGAGUGGUACCUGAAUGGCAACUACCUGGUGGUUCUGGUCUCUGUAACUAUAAUUCUGCCUUUAGCCCUCAUGAAGCAGCUCGGUUACCUAGGUUACACCAGUGGCUUCUCUCUCAGUUGCAUGGUUUUCUUCCUCAUUUCGGUCAUCUAUAAGAAAUUCCACAUCCCUUGCCCAUUCGAGGAGUUCUCGGCUAAUAACACAGCCGUCCACCUGCUCUCAACAGAUUUGCCAAUGACUGACAUUCACCAUGAUGGACAUUUGGUGGACGAUGCGCACUGCUCUCCUCGUAUGUUCACUAUGAACUCUCAGACGGCAUACACCAUCCCUAUUCUUGCAUUUGCCUUUGUGUGUCACCCUGAAGUGCUGCCCAUCUACACCGAGCUGCGCAACCCAUCUAAAAAGAAAAUGCAGCAGGUGUCUAACAUCUCCAUCUUCAUUAUGUACGUCAUGUACUUCCUCGCGGCCCUGUUCGGCUAUCUGACCUUCUACGAAAACGUGGAGGCAGAGCUGCUGCACACGUACAGCAAGAUUGAACCCUAUGACACUCUGAUCCUGUGUGUACGACUGGCUGUGCUCACAGCUGUCACGCUGACUGUGCCAAUUGUGCUGUUCCCGGUGCGCCGGGCCAUUCAGCAAAUGAUCUUCCCCAAUAAGGCAUUUAAUUGGAUCCGUCAUAUCCUCAUCGCCAUCACCCUCCUCACGUUCAUCAACAUGCUUGUCAUCUUUGCACCCAACAUCCUUGGCAUCUUCGGAAUUAUUGGUGCUACUUCUGCUCCCUGCCUCAUCUUCAUCUUCCCUGCUGUCUUUUAUAUCCGCAUCGUACCCAAAGAUGUUGAGCCCAUGCGUUCCACAUCCAAAAUCCUGGCUGCCUGUUUUGCUGGUUUGGGCGUGUUGUUUAUGACUAUGAGUUUGAGCUUUAUCAUCAUCGACUGGACUAUGGGAAGCAGCAGUUCUGCUGGUGGCCACUAGAGGAUAGUUCAAGUUUAUAUGUGUGUGUGUGUGUGUGUGUGUGUGUGUGUGUGACUGAUAAGAGGAGUGUAUUGAAACAAAUUACUGUUAUAUAGCAGGUUGAGCGUGGCUCAGCUGAAGCACAUUUUUGUAUAUUUCAUGUUUUGUUUUUAGUGUAGCUCUCUGUUCCAGCACCAAACACACCUGAACCAGGUAAUCAACACAAAUACAAAAAAAAAAAUAAAAAUACAAUAGUGAAACUAAAAUAGAAAUGAAAAUUUUAAUGGAUGAGGGCUCUUAACCGUUUGGGUUCAGGGUGCAUUAGAUUUCCAAAGUUAGGGAGAAAAACUAGCAGGCUAAUUGCCUUGAAUUUGCCAUGGGUGUUGAACCUUCAGGUUUCAGUCUCAAAUAAUUCAGUAUUAUCUUUUUGAAGGCAUCCUCAUUUUACUUUCAGAACGCUUUUUUUCCUCCAUCUGCCUUCAGUUCAAAACUCUUCAUUUUAUUCUACCAGAUCUUCAGCUAGCUCUGUAUAAAACAACAUUUUGUAACGCUUCUGAUAGUAGCAUAGAUGAUGAUGAUGAUGAUGAUGAUGAUGAUGAUAAUAAUAAUAAUAAUAAUGCAAAAAGAUAGAUUUUUACAUUUUUUUAUUAUCACCCAUAGGUGUGACAUGUUAUAGAAAGUUGAGCAACUUUAGUAUAGAAACUUUACUUAUGUUCUGCAGAAUGAAGGAUUGGAUCAAGUUCACAUGUUGGAAAGUGCAUGCUGUUCUCCAAGAGACAGAAUAUUCAUCUGUAGUAGCUUUGGCUCUAAGUGUAGUGAUCGUUCUGGGCAUUCCUUUGCUUCCUGCUCUCAAGUGUUAGCAGUGGAUAUAAGAGGAAUGUACGCUUGUGUGUUUUUAUAUACCAAUAUCAGCUGCUGUUAGAGAAACAGGUCUGCGGUGCUGAAGUCAUCUUAAAUAUAUCACGGUGGGACUUCCUCAUACAGUACAAAAGUCCCUUCUGUAUCUGAAAAGUGCACAGUAUGGGAUUCAGACAUACAUAAAAGAGAUUCAGACAUACAUGAACAAUAAGUUAAGAAAUAUUUAUUAUGAUGUAUGAAAUAUUUUCUAAGUCAUUAUGUCAAGAUGAGUUUUUGAACCACAAAUGUGUGUAGAUUGUAUUUAACCAUGUAAUCAUUUUCAGUAUUCAAAUGAAUUAAGUGAUUUAUGCAGAUGGUUUAAGAAAAGGUAUCUUGUAAAUAUUGACAGGUAAAUGUGUAAAAAUCAUAAAUGAAGAUAUACUCACGAAUUUUGACAGAAUAAGACAUGUAGGAAUGACUUGUUUGUGUAUUUUAUAUGGAUUAAACAAAACCUCACAUCCUCUAUUUUUGCUGUAUCUGUGCUGUAUUGAGGUGUUUAAUGUAACUUGUGCCUUAUUGACGUUCUCAGUAAAGGAUCGUCUUUGAGCUUCGAGUGUUAUGAUUAGUGUUAGUUGUGUAACCGAAUCUGAAAUGUACUUGGUGUCUAUGGGCCUUUCUGUGCUGGGGCAGCAACAGUGACUAUUCACUUAUGCAGGGUUUAAUAUUAGUCGGUGUCGGUCACAGGUGCCAAUCGAAAGGGUUCUGUUUAAACCUGUGUGUAAAAUUUAAAUCAAAAUAAAGUUUAGAUGUAAAAGCAUUCAACAUCUAGGUGUUGGAAAUGAAGAAGAAUGGCUUCCUAGUCUAUGGCCAUCACCGUUGUACAACAACAGGAACACUGCUUAAGUGACAAACUGACAUCUGUUGUUAGGAAGACAAGAAGUUUUUUUGCACAUAGACCUUAGGAAGUAAUGAAAAGAAAAAUAUUUGAGUCCUUGCGGAUGAGAAUGGCUAACAGGUUGAGAUUCUCAUUAUUGCCCCUAUUCUGACUUGAAAUCUUUGGAAACGUUAGGCUGUUUCACUGAAAACUGCAUUCUAAUAUUAGUGUCUAAUAUUAUUCUAAUAUUAGAAUAUUAUUAAUAAUAUUAGAAUAAUUAAUAUUAGAAUAAUAUUAGUCUAAUAUUAUUCUAAUUUACAGAUUAUUAUCACUAACAGGGUGAUCAAGACUAUGCUAUGAAAAACAAAGUAAUGGCUGUAGCUAUAUUUCCAUACAAAUAUUUUUGCAUUAAGUGGUAUAUUGCAAAAUUGGGGUAUUAAAUUUAUGCUUGCUUGAUGUGAGGGAAAACGGUUAAGAAGAUUUUAAGAUAAUGAUGAAUGACCGAGAUCAUUUGGUCAGUUAAUGUUCUUUUUUUUUUUUUUUUUUUAAAUCCGAUAUUACAUUUACAAAUGUUACUUUGUUUAUUUAUUUAUUUUUUUAUUGUACCAUAGCGCAGUGGUUCCCAACACAGCUCUUGAUUAUUGGCAUUUUGCUCUGUUCUGCUAACUUCUUCACAGGCUUUACUUUAUGAAGUAAAAGUGAUUUACAGACUUGACAAAACCAAGUGUGUUAACUCGCCUGAACAGGAACAGUUUUUAAUUUUUCAUGUAUUUUCAAACUUCUUGAAACAUAUUGAAAGACAAAGUAGCUAUUGUUGAUGUAUUUGACCUAUUUUAUCUUUUUUCUAUAGACUGCAAAUCUGUUCUGUUCAUGUAACCAAAAACUGCUAAUGCCCAUCAGGAAACCUGAGCUCAUACCAAAGCAUCUUUAACAUCCAGAGUUUUCAAUAUGUCAGACAGUCACUCUAUACAAUUAUCUCAUUGUUAAUUACGAUUAUGUUAAAUGCAAUGAAUCCAUGAUUAUUGCCUUUUUGUGACUACAUGGUGGUAAUACACAAAUGUAAACACCCCAUGCCUGUCAAGCUUGUAUAGUGUAAAUAGCAGAACUGGUUUUAGUUUAACAAUAAAGAAAAAUAUUUAGUUGUUUCUAGCCCAUGGCUGUGUUUUAUUUAUUUAUUUUUUUUACAUGCAUGUUUUAGAUUUUUCCUGGAAAUACUGCAGACGUACAUUUAAGAUAUUUGAUCCUUUUCUAUGGAGAUAUAGGUGAUGCCUGACAAUGCUGGUUUAGUAUUUAAAACCUUAUACCAUGAACGGUGCCUAACCAAAAGGGGGAUUAGGCUGGAUAUGACCUGGAUACUUUCUUAUGCAUGAGACCUUCAACAAAGUCACAUAGUGACUGUAUUUGUGAAAAUUUUUCUGUAUUUAAAACUAGACAGAGUGCAUGUAUCGGGUCCCUGUAGGCUAAGGUAAUUAUGUCAGUUACCCAGUAGGUCAAUUUUUUUGGUUAGACACGGGAGCUUAGGCCUUCCCUCUUUGUCAGAUUUACAGCUGGUCAAAUCACCGAUGUCUGAUACACCUAAUACCUUAGGGCAGGGGUUCGCAAACUUUUCCAGGGCAAGGCCCCCGAAAUGGCAUUAACAUUUGACUGAGGCCCCCCUUUUGCAAGAUGUCUUUAAAACACAUUAAAAAUACAGACUUCUGAAUAUAUCCCCCCCUUUUUUUUAUUAAUAAUUACAUCUUACAUCUUUACAUUACAUUAGAAAUUGAUUGUGUGUGUGUGUGUGUGUGUGUGUGUGUGUGUGUGGUUGUCUGAAAGUGAAAAAGAGAAAACAUACUAGUGGGAGGGAUGGGCUUGGUGGCUCGGACCAAAUUGUUGAGGCCCUCCCGGCGCCCCCUGGUGGCCACCACUUUUAAAACCACUGCCUUAGGGCGCAUAUGGGGCAUAGCAAGGAAUGCUCAGCAGUCCCCCUCAUGACAAAUGACUGGUCAACAAAAGCAGGUGAUAUAUAUUUGGACAAAAACCCCAGGUUCAACACAAUAUCACUUCAGAGUUAUCAGGCCACCAACACAUGCGAGAUGAGCUUAUUGAUGGGGUAUGCAAUUCUACUCCUUUUGCUGAAGACCCAUUUCAGUUCACCAUUCUGCAUGGGCUCACGGGAGAGGUCUUAAAAGACUCCAGUACAAGGGCCUUACAUCAGCUCAUUUGGGGUCAUAUUGGACAAUGGUGUCUAGCAAUGGACAAAUUUAUAAGCCCACAGUGAGAGUCCAUCCACGGUGCACUGCAGUGUCCAUUAUGAAGACCUUCAACAUAGAUGGGUUUCACCAGCAGUUCUUCUUACCUUAGAGCAUACCAAGCCUGUGUACUAUGGGCUCAUGUGUUCAGGAGUGUCUCAACAUGCACUCCAGGGGGCCCAACCCAAUGGUACAAGUAACCUGGCUGAGGGUGCCAAAUCUUUCAGCCCAUUAGGGACAACAAAUCUAUUCAGGGAGGAAGCUUGCAAGGUGUUCUGACCACUAGUGAGAGCAGCAGUAGAAACCAAGGUCUUGCAGAAGGACUCUUUGGAGCCACGAGCAGGACUCUGUGGGCUGAUUGCUGAAUUCUGUGCAGUGUAUAUAGAAUCAGCAUUAAUCCGUAUAGUAGAGAUGAGUGAGAUGAGUAAUUGGCCAGUACAUCCAGAACAAGAACACUAACCAGCUCCAACAAUAAGUGAAUUUGGCAUGGCUCUGCCAAACUUUUCCCAAUUCUGGGUACACCACUUCUGGGUGCAGACACCACUCUUCGAGGCAUCUUGACAGCAUGUCCAAUGCACCAUUGUGCUGUCACAGAAAGUGCUCUUUGAAGCUGUAGUGUGUAGGCCCAUCUGAUUUUUUGCAGGGUGGUGAGUGCCAUGUGACUUCAUGUUGCCAUGGUGAUUAAUGUAUUUGACCAUCACCACAUUGUCUGAACAGACAAUUUGAGAGGUAGAUAGACUGCCCACAACAACUGAUUGAUGUGUACUACUCUCACAUUGGGCCUCCUGGGCCUCUGUGGCACCACACUGGCCCCCAGCUAGGUGCCCAUGGUGAUUAUCCCCCUCUGAUAAGCACUCUGCCAGGUUGACCACUUUCAUGAAAAAAAACCUUGUGUCUCCUCUGAGAUAGAGCUUGUGCCACUAUCACUGAGACAAGGCUGUAUCUCUGAAUCUGUGGUAUUUGGAGUUUAUCUGCAGGCUGAUGUCCCACCAACCCUGUUUCUGAAAUAUCUAGUUUCUUAAACUUGUGCCCAUUUUUCUAGGCCUUCUUUGGCCACAGACCCAUCCAUGAAGACCAGGUGCGGUAUACCAGAUGGUCCAAAACCUCAUAUAAAGCUUCCAAUAGGGUAUUUACAUUGUGGGACAGUGAAAUGUACAUGACAGUGCAACACAGAAGAGCAAGUUCUGUGCUUUGGGUUACACAUCAGCAUCCAGUCCAAUUCACAUCAUCACCAUUUUAAGGGUGUCUGUCAUGGCCUGUUUGAAGCCUGUCAGAGCUAAUUCAGAUUAAUUUCUGGAUGCUGCUGAAGCUGGAGUUGAACAUCCUGGUUCAGCUGUUGGGUCACUGCCAGACUGGCCUUCCAGAUAGCCAAAGACAGAUGAGGUGUGGACCCCUCAUCUCUAAAAUGGCCAAUACCAAUCAGAAGACACAUAGCUGGUGUUCAUUCUUGGCUUCCAUGGAACUUAGACAUUGGCUGCAUGAGUAAGAAUCCUGUAGCAUGACUUGUUAAUUACUCAGAGACGAUGCUUUGUAUGGGGGAACUUGGUAGCUAACCACAGCAAAGGAUACUGUGAAAUUUAAAAGAAACAAUGGUGACUGUGGGAGGCAUUUUUUGGAAUGGUUUGGGUCCACUUGUCCCCCAGGUAUUUUUUUUUAAUACAACUCCAUUUCCAAAAAAGUUGGAACACUGUGUACAAUGUAAAUAAAUGUAAAUAAAAACAGAAUGCAAUGAUUCGCAAAUCUCAUAAACCCAUAUGUUAUUCACAAAAGAACACAGAAAACAUAUCAAAUGUUUAAACUGAGUAACUGUACCAUUUUCAGAAAAAAAUAAGGUAAUUUUGUAUGGUAUAAAAAGAGUAUCUUAGAGAGGCAGAGUCUAUCAGAAGUAAAGAUGGGCAGAGGUUCACCAAUCUGUGAAAAACUGCGUCUACAUUUUGUGGAACAAUUUCAGAAUAAUGUUCCUCAACAUAAAAUUACGAAGACUAUGAAUAUCUCAUCAUCUACAGUACAUAAUAUCAUCGAAUGUUUCCAAGAAUCUGGAGAAAUCUCACAAGGGUACAAGGGUGAAAAUCAAUAAUGUAUGCCUGUGAUCUUCGGGCCCUCAGGCGACACUGCAUUAAAACAGGCAUGAUUCUGUAAUGGAAAUCACUGCAUGGGCUCAGAAACACCUCCAGAACUCAUUGUCUGUGAACACAGUUCACCGCCAUCUUCUCUGGGCCAGAGCUCAUUUAAAAUGGACUGAGGCAAACUGGAAAACUGUUCAGUGGUCAGACGAAUCGAAAUUUGAAAUUCUUUUUGGAAACCCUGGAUGCUGUGUCCUCUAAAAAAAGGACUAAAGAGGAGAGGGACCAUCCGGCUUUUUAUCAGUGCUCAGUUCAAAAGCCUGCAUCUCUGAUGGUAUGGAGAUGCAUUAGUGCCUAUGGAAUGGGCAGCUUGCACAUCUGGAAAGGCACCAUCAAUGCUGAAAGGUAUAUACAGGUUUUAGCAACAUAUUCUUCCAGCCAGAUUCCAUUCCAUCUUUACUUCUGAGAGACUCUGCCUCUCUAAGAUACUCUUUUUAUACCCAGUCAUGUUACUGACCUGUUGCCAAUUAACCUAAUUACAAAAUGUUCCUCCAGCUGUUUCUUUUUAGUAACACUUACUUUUCCAGCCUUUUGUUGCCCCAUCCCAACUUUUUUGAGACGUGUUGCAGCCAUCAAAUUCAAAAUUACCUUAUUUCCAUCCAUCCAUCUUCAACCACUUACUCUUUUUCAGGGUCACGGGGGAGCCUAUCCCAGGGAGCAUCGGGCACAAGGCAGGGUACACCCUGGACAGGGUGCCAAUCCAUUGCAGGGCACAUUCACACACUACGGCCGCUUUAGACACACCAAUCAACCUACCAUGCAUGUCUUUGGACUGGGGGAGGAAACCCCCACAGCACGGGGAGAACAUGCAAACUCAGCACACAUAGAGCCAUGGGAAUCGAACCCCGACCCUGGUGGCGUGAGGCGAAAGUGCUAACCACUAAGCCACCAUGUGCCAAAUUACCUUAUUUUUUUCUGUAAAAUUGUAUAUUCCCUCAGUUUAAACAUGUUACGUUUUCUAUGUUCUACUAUGAAUGACAUAUUGGUUUAUGAGGUUCGCAAAUCAUUGCAUUCUGUUUUUAUUUACAUUUUACACAGUGUCCCAACUUUUUUGGAAUUGUGGUUAUAUAAUAAUUUAUUUUAAAUUUGUUAUUUGCUGAAUUAAAUUAAUAUGUAUAUAUAGGGUUUUUUUUUGUAAUGUGUUUAUUGUGUCAUUCUUAUCAAAUUUGAAUCAGAGUUAAGCACAAGAAUUCCAAUGUACCUGUACUGCUUUGUACCUGUGCAAAUGGCAAUAAAUCUAAAUCUUGGAAUGGU